CGCAGCAGAGGGAGAGGGAAGCCAUGGGGCUAGGGGCAAGCAGCGAGCAGCCGGCGGGCGGCGAGGGCUUCCAUCUGCAUGGGGUACAGGAGAACUCGCCGGCCCAGCAGGCGGGCCUGGAACCCUACUUUGACUUCAUCAUCACCAUCGGGCACUCGAGGCUGAACAAGGAGAAUGACACGCUGAAGGCACUGCUGAAGGCCAACGUGGAGAAGCCGGUGAAACUGGAGGUGUUCAACAUGAAGACCAUGAAGGUGCGCGAGGUGGAGGUGGUGCCCAGCAACAUGUGGGGCGGCCAGGGCCUGCUGGGAGCCAGCGUGCGCUUCUGCAGCUUCCGCAGGGCCAGCGAGCACGUGUGGCAUGUGCUGGACGUGGAGCCCUCUUCACCUGCUGCCUUGGCUGGCCUGUGCCCUUACACAGACUACAUAGUUGGCUCUGACCAGAUUCUCCAGGAGUCGGAAGACUUCUUUACUCUCAUUGAGUCCCAUGAGGGGAAGCCCCUGAAACUGAUGGUGUAUAACUCUGAGUCUGACUCCUGCCGGGAGGUGACUGUGACUCCCAACGCAGCCUGGGGUGGAGAGGGCAGUCUAGGGUGUGGUAUUGGUUACGGGUACCUGCACCGGAUCCCAACGCAGCCCUCCAGCCAGUACAAGAAGCCACCCAGUACCUCACCACCUGGCACUCCAGCUAAGACCCCACAACUUAAUGCCUUUCCUCUUGGUGCCCCAUCACCUUUGUCCAUCCCUCAGGACUCUUCUGGCCCAGAGUUGGGUUCCAGACAGAGUGACUACAUGCAGCCCCUGCCACAGGUCCCUGGUAGCUUUAUGGAAGGACAGCUCCUUGGGCCUGGGGAUCCUAGCCAUGGCGCUGCUGACUGUGGGGGAUGCCUACGUUCCAUGGAGAUGCCGCUGCAACCUCCACCUCCAGUACAGCGGGUCAUGGACCCAGGCUUCCUGGAUGUGUCCGGCAUGUCCCUCCUUGACAGCAGCAAUACAAGUGUGUGCCCUAGCCUGUCAUCUUCCACAGUGCUCACCUCCACAGCUGUUUCAGCCUCAGGACCAGAGGACAUUGGUUCGAGCAGCAGUUCUCAUGAGCGGGGUGGUGAAGCCACGUGGUCAGGGUCAGAGUUUGAGAUCUCCUUCCCAGACAGUCCAGGCGCCCAGGCCCAGGCAGACCACCUGCCCCAGCUGACUCUCCCUGAUGGCCUCACAUCUGCAGCCUCACCUGAAGAAGGGCUGUCUGCAGAGCUGCUGGAAGCACAGACUGAGGAGCCGGCAGACACAACCAGCCUGGAUUGCAGGGCAGGGACUGAGGGUGUCUCAGAUCCAGAGCCUGGGCUGUGAGAACGCCCCUGGUGAUGUGGUGUGGCUUAGCUGUGUAGCUCUCUAGGCUGCAGCCUCUAGUGAGGCGUGGGCUUUGCUAGAGUACAUACAUGGUCCUGGAUUGAAGGGACAGACACGGAUGCAACAUCCAGCUUCUGUAGAGGCAGGAGAGGGAAUCUAGACUGUGUCAGUGAAACACUGAAGCCUCCUGGGGAGGGAGAGGCAGCAGGCUGCAUCCCAGUUAUCAUGUGAAGAUGGGGGGAGGGACAAGAGGCUGUGUUCACAAGCAGCCACUCCUGUACUGAGGUGGACCCCAAGUCCCAGUGCCCUUCCCCAUCCCAGUCCUUACACUGGAUGAGAGGCAGUAUACUUGGCCCCUUAUUUCUAGGAUGGGAAAGUCUAGGUCCUCGGAGGGAUCUACCUCUGCUGUACACUAGCCCCGGGGGAGGUGGAAGGAAGCACACACUCCAGUUCUUGUAUCCUAUGAUCUCUCCUUUCAGCCCUCACACAUAGACAACAGGCUGAGUACACAGGGUACAGCUGGCUCUGACGGUAGACAGGUCAAACUGUGCUUACUGUCAAAACCCCUCCACCCAACCCUUCCCGCCCUGGCUUCCCCAGGAGAGCUGAGUGAGAGUGGGUAAAGGCCCCUCCCAUCUGUCCCCAGGGUAAGGGAAAGGUGCCUUUAGAGGCUCAGGCUCUGAGAGGACAUCUGUGCUGCUGCUGCUGCCUUGCUACAGAUGGCACCAGGCAUGUUGUCUGCAGCUCCAGUCCCGUGUUCUUGCUAAUCACUGUAUGCUGCCUUUGGUCUUGUUUUCCAGCCUUUGUCCCACUAUCCACAGACCGUUCAGGGCACUUGGGCUGUUAAGCCAAGGACUCUCUCUGUUCUAGGAAGCACAGGCCAAAUAGUAUAGUGGGCCAGAUCCUGGACGGGCGAACACAACCCCAAGCACUAACUAGGAAUACAUUUAUAGUGAGGCCUGUGGGGCCCUCCAGGACCAAUUCAGUUUAGCUCUGUGGUUAGGCACCCUGACCCCCAGCUGCCUUCACUGGAAGAUUCUGCUCCCCAGGACCCCCAUAAGUGGGGUGAGAUGGAUGCUGACGCUGUUUCAAGUAUAAAUCCCCAGAUGUUUCAUUCCUUGUGAUCUGCUGUGGGGGAAAGUGACAAGUGAUAAUAAACAUAUCCAGCACACUGAGA